AUGGUUGAAGCUUACGUUGCGAUUCGCGAUGAUUCUGGCAUCCGUUCCUUGUCUGUGAAUGAACGAGACUUUCUCCGAACAUGUGUCCACGGAAACACUACGUUGCGGAUCGAUGGCCGUACGGGACAAGAACUUCGACGAGUGCGUUUGCAACUGGGUCGAUGGGACAAUGGUGCCGAAUGCACAGUCCAAUGGGGAAACACGCGGGUUUCUUCAUUAUGCUCUGCACAAUUAGUCCCUCCUUCUCCUGAUAGACCAAACGAAGGAAUGGUGAACUUCACAGUUGAACUUUCUCCCAUGGCAGGCAGCUCGUUUCGUCAGGCGCCCGUCGUUAGUACCGGUCCGUUGCCAAUGGGAGCAAGAGGACCAAACUACUCCGAUCGCAACCAAAGGCUUCUUGCUAAUAGAAUUCUUAGAAGUGUUGAACGGGUGAUUAUUCUUGGGGGGGCCUUAGAUACCGAGGCACUGGUGUUGGCACCUGGAAAAUGGGUUUGGCGCUUUACAAUUGCCCUAACAAUACUGGAUGACGGUGGGAACAUACUAGACGCUAGCAUUUUGGCUGCCAUGGCGGCCCUGAGACACUAUCGAAAGCCACAGGUGCAGUUUUCAGGGGACGAUGAGAAGGAGUCCGGUGCAAUGUCACUUCCAACAAUGAUUCCAUCCAUUGUGAAAGAGGCAACUCCUCUCCCCCUGCACCACACGCCACUCUCUGUUUCCUUUGCAUUGGUUCCUGCCGACAAUUCGUCAAACGCUGGGUCGACAUCGACUGUUGCAGCAAUAGCUGAUCCAACAGAUCGCGAGGAGCUCGUGCAACAUGGAACUGUGACAAUUGCAAUGAACACCCACUCAGAAGUCUGUCUCCUUGAUUUCGGUGGUGGAUGCGAAAUACCCCCGUCAAAGCUAAAAGAAUGCUGGAAGAUUGCUCAAACAACAACUAAACAACUCUGUCAGUUUUUGGAGCAGACUUUACAGGAUGCUAACGGAAAGGCUCAACAAGAGCGUCUGGAAAAGUUGAAACAGCAGCAGGAUGGAAAGUUUGCAACUUCAGCCGCUUCCCUUCCACCAAACGCACCGUACUUUGAGCAAUCGAAAAUUGGUGACGAAAUGAAUGUUGAAGUAGAGGUUGACGUCGAUCACAUUGCUGAAGUAGAGAAGAAAGCUGAAGAAGCCUACCGUCAACAAGCUUUGGAUUAUUCCCGGGGCCAUGUAGCGAGCAAAGUUCGUGAGGACAGCACGAAAGAGAAGUCUUCUCAACAAAAAGGAAAGUCAUUGAUUGCAGCCAUGCUCAGGUCAGUAAAUCAAGGUGACAAAGGGGAAAGUACUCGCAGAAGCGAGGAAUACGCAUCUGAUGUUGCACAUUCUGUAGUGACGGGUGGUAAACAACGGCAGGUUACGAAUCGGGAAGACUCUUGCAAAGUAGUCGACAAGACGAAGAAUCGAGUUGCCAUGGAUUUGAACGAUGACGAGGAUGAAGAAGCGCCCACCAUUCUGCAAAGUGAAUUUCAUUCGUCAUCAAGGGAAGAGAAAGCGCCGACGGAAUAUGCCCUCACACCGCCACCCAAUACCAAUGAUGAAGCAAAUGAUUUGUCAAUGGCCAUAAAGAAGAAGAAGAAGAAGGCGAAGAAGAAAAAGCCGACAUAA